UUGAAACUCCGAAUCAGUAAAACACUGCGUCGCAAAAUGAUUUCAAAGCGCUCCAGUCGGAUCGCGAAUCAUUCGAUUCAGAACGGGACUUCAAAGCGUGUAUCGCGAAUCGUUUGAUUCAAAACGGGACUUCAGAGCGCCUAUCACGAAUCAUUUUUUUUAGAUCGGAACUUAGGAGCGGGUUCGCGGGAUGUUCUUAUCACCACCGGGGAUAAAAAAGAUUCAGCAGAGGCAGGGAUGCAUAGACCAGAGUGGGAGAAAUAGAACGGGACAAGUUGUCCCUUUCUCAGCGUGAGAAAUACAAGAGUUGAACAGCGCAGAUUGCGUAACGACGUAUUUGGCGGUCAUUAUCAGAUAAGUAGCCUACGUUUGACUCAUCUGCAGCUUCUUAUAGCUAACCUGAACUAAUUAAUGGAUCGUUUAAAGUUGGUUCUGCAAUAUUUCCAGUCGAAUUCUGAGUCUAUCUCCAACGGUAUCUGUAUAAUAUUGUCACUGAUAAGCGUCAAGUUGUAUACAAGUUUUGAUUUCAAUUGCCCCUGUUUACCGCAAUACAACAAGAUGUACGCACUGGGGGUCAUGUUCGUACCUCCGAUUAUAUUAUUCUGUUUGGGAGUGUUAGUCAAUCGUCAUACAGGAGUGCUGAUGGAAGAGUGGGUCAGACCCAUGGGCAAGAGGACAAAAAAUCCAGCAGUGGUAAAAUUUUUACUGUCAUCGAUGUUGCAACGGGCACUUCUAGCCCCCAUGGUCUGGAUUCUGAUGACGCUCUUGGAUGGAAAAUGUUUCAUCUGUGCUUUUAGUAUGAAUGUAGACCCUAAAUAUUUUACAGGAAUACCAAACAGCACUGGGCUAGAACUAAUCAAGAUCAUGGCUAAGGUGCCUUGCAAAGAAGAUGUCAUCUUCAAAAACACCAGUUUUCGGAAAGCCGUCUCACGCUAUGUGCGUUGUUACUCUCAGGCAAUAGGCUGGUCAAUCCUCCUCUUCUUCAUUUUUCUGGGCGCUGUGGGUCGUGUCCUGAAGCCUUGCUUCAAUCACGCAACGUUUCUCCAGACACGCUACUGGAGCAAUUACCUGGACAUCGAGCAGAAGCUCUUCGAUGAGACCUGUGUCCUUCAUGCCAGAGAUUUUGCCAGAAAAUGCGUGGUGCAGUUCUUUGAGAGUAUGCGAGAAGACGUGACUGUGAGAAUGCCCCUCUCAAAUGCACUCAGACUCAGCACAAUCCAUAAUGAAUAUGGAGAGGAAGAAGAGGAGCGUCUGCAUGGCAUAACCAGACAAGAUCAGGUGGAUCAUUUGCUGCAAACCUGGUAUGAGUGCAAACCAGAGCUGGACGUGACAAAGAUGGCCUAUAAGCCCAAAGUAUGCAUCACUUGGGAAGAUCACAAUGGAAAGGCAUUAUUCUCUGAAGUGUAAAACUGAGAAGAAGAAAAACAGAUUUUACUUCUUAACUAAGAAUUAAUGUCAGAAACUGACAUGUUAAUGAAAUAUUAAUAAAGAGAAUGAAAAAUGUUGAUGCUAGAAUUGUAAUAAUUUGAGAACUAAUUGACUAAUGUUAAUUUAGAAGCAAAGCUUAAAAGGCUUUCAUGCAGGUGCAUUGGAUAUAUAUAUAUAUAUUGGAUAUACUCUAUGUAAUUUCUGUUUUUAAGUUGCAGUGGGCCCUUCAGGCCCCAAUAGGAUUCUAAUGCAAAGAUUCAAAGAAUGUUUCUUCUGUAUAUUUAGUAUGAAUCAAAACCGUCAGAUUAAUGUCAAUUCAGAAAGCAUUGUUUUAACCUUCCUCAAGCGCUUGCAUGGUGCAUUUG